GUGUUCUCUUCCAAGUUCAAGCGUGUAGUUAGGUUAGUGUUACUACAGGUGAACUGACUGACCGAUGUGCGGAAUAUAUUGCUCCGUGUCUCGUAGAGAACACAAUGAUACCUCAAAGGCAGAAAUUCACUCGAAAAGCGCUGAGUGGACAAAAUGCAAAGAUGCAAUAAAUGCCAGAGGACCAGACGGAACUAUGGAACUAUUCCAAAGACUGACCAACGAGUGGGACGGCCAUUUUGCAGCGAGCAUUUUAUGGACGCAAGGAAGAAAUCCUGUCAGGCAGCCAUGUACAGAUUCUGAUGUUGAUGGCAAUGUCCUACUGUGGAAUGGAGAUGUUUUUAAUGGCAAUUUGACGAACGACACGGAGUGUGAUACAACGUCACUGCUAAAAAGAUUCAGUUCUUCCAAAAAUGUUGUCGCAACUCUGUUGGCGGUUCAGGGACCAUAUAGUUUUGUAUAUUUCAACAAGUCCGACAACUGUUUGUACUUCGGGCGAGAUCCGAUCGGUAGACACAGUCUAUUAAUAAAAUUGAACGAGGACAAGACUUCGCUGACAUUGUGCUCCGUUGGAAAUAAAAAUAUGAAAAAUAUCAUAGAGGUACCAGCAAUUGGAAUAUUUGUAUCAAACUUAAACUGCGAAGAGCUCAAUUUGACUUGUUAUCCAUGGAAAGAGCCAAAUCUUAGGUUCACAGAUAUUAUUGAAGAUCUUGAGACAAGUUUGAACAUGGAUAUUGAUGUAAAAGAAACCAUUGUGAAAUCAGAAAUUGAUAAUUCAAUUCUACAUCUAGAUCCAGAGAUCAAAGAUCUCCAAUAUCUAAAAAAUAUUGAUUACAAUCAAAAUUUCAGCCAAAUAUUAGAACAGUUGUUAGAAAACAAGGAAGUGUACCAAAAAGUGGAAAACGUUUUAAAGUUUCUGAGAAGUUCUGUGGAAGUUAGAGUUCGAAAAAAACCAAACUACUGCAGAAAUUGCAUAAGCUUGCAUCUGAGCGGUGAAGAAGUAAACUGCAAGCAUGCGAAAAUUGGUAUUUUGUUCUCGGGUGGAUUGGAUUCUGCGAUUUUAGCUGUCAUCGCCAAUCAAUUUGUCCCAGAGAAUGAAGAAAUUGAUUUAAUUAACGUUGCUUUUGAGAAAAUGAAGAAUCCAAAUUUAAAUUGCACAAAAGAAGCUGCAAAUAUCAACUACGAUGUACCUGACAGAAAAACGGGCAAACAAACUUUUACCGAACUUCAAAGGAUUUGUCCUAACAGAAGAUGGAACUUUAUACAGGUAAACAUAACGCAAACAGAGCUUCAGAGUUGUCGUUCCACUCAUAUUUGUAAUCUCGUUUAUCCAUUGCGCACCAUAUUGGAUGAAAGCUUGGGUUGUGCUGUGUGGUUUGCCAGCAAAGCUAAGGGGGUACUGAUGCCAACUGAGAUACCGUAUGAAUCUUCGUGCAGAAUACUUCUCCUCGGUAUGGGAGCUGACGAAUUAUUUGGUGGAUACAUGCGGCACAGAACAACGUUAAAACAUAAAGGCUGGGGCAUGCUAGCACGGGAAUUAAAUGUAGAAUUAGAGAGGAUAUCUGAACGAAAUUUAGGAAGAGAUGACAGGAUUGUAUCCGACCAUGGAAGACAAUCUAGAUUGCCGUACUUGGAUGAGAAUUUUGUCAAAUAUGUCCAGAGCCUGAAGCCAUGGGAAAGGUGUUACCCAACUGACCAAAUGCCAGUUGGAUUGGGUGAUAAACUUCUUUUACGACUAGUUGCACGUCGAAUUGGUCUCCAGGGUGCGGCUAAUUUUCCGAAAAGAGCUUUCCAGUUUGGAUCGCGCAUUGCUAAUAGUAAAGAAAAUGCCAAAGAUGUAUCAGACAGGUUGUGAACUGUAAUUACUAAAUAGUCACUUUUAAUCGCUAAACAUAAUGUCAGAAUAAUUUGUCAUUCACGUACAUCAAAUGUCAUGCUAUUUUUGCCAUACUUAUCAUAAUCCUCGAUGAUCAAUGUAAUACACUACAUUAUUAAUCGUAUGCAUAAAGGCCAACUCAGGGCUAUUGCCCCAUAGGCUACCGAUGUGUUCUUUGUGAAAAUUUACGACCGAAACGUUCCUUAGUUUUUAUAGAAAAUUUAUCGCUUGUGAAUUACGGCCUCUUGAAAUAGGCCAGUCUGGUAGCAUGUAAUGGCUCAGAACAGCACGGAGC